UUGUUUCCUAAAUAUCAUUAGAACAGAGAUGUAGAAAGAGAUUUUUCCCAAUUUUAAUCGUAUGAUUAAUACUAAAAUGUCUACUCUAUCCUAUCCACUUGCUCAACCACUAGCUUAUGAUCCCUCUUUCAAAGUGGAAGUAAGGCUUCAUGAACCGCUUUGGAAAGUCCAGUUCUCGGCUGACGAUGUGGCUUUGGAGCUCUUGACUUUGUGUUCCCAGUUAGAAGUUCUUUGCAAGAAGGAAUAUACGACAUCAUCAGGGAAACUCGAUGUUGCUCACAAAGUAGAAUAUCAAAAUAAGUUUGAACCAAAAGCUCAAGUUCUCAUUGAAAAGAUGAAGAAGAUGCUACUUUUCUUGCCUGAACCACAGCCAUCUCUUUUGGAGUACAUGCGUCAGACUGGUCUCACUGUAUUGUUUCCAAAAGUUGCUUCCUAUCUAUCUAGUCCUGAAAGACCACAGUUCUUUGCACAAAAAUCAGCCAUGGAUGGAUAUUUCCAGCAGUUUGCAAUGCUGAACCAAAUGGUGACUCUUUGUCAACAACUCAACAGUGAUGUUUUUAACUUGACAAACCACAAAUAUGUGGCACAUCAGACAGCACUUCUUUACCAAGCUCUAAACCAAGCAGGGACCAGCAUGGCUGACUUUAAAAAGAAUGUUGAAGGGAAUUUUAAAGCCUUGAAGUUAAGUUUGCAUGUGACUGAUAAAGAUGCUGUUCCGAGACUACCUCAGGAACAGAAAGAAUGGAUGAAUUAUGUAACAUCAACUGUUCUGGAUAAAAUAACAUCACUGCCUCCAAGUUUCUUACAGCCAAUGAUGUCUGCCAUGGUGUACGUUGAGCAACAACGCCAGUAGAAAAAAAUUCCUUUAUUCAUUAACCUGCUAACCAAGGUUCCUCCUUCUCUUCCUAUCUCACUCCCCAGAUCGGAGGAAAGAAACAUUCCCCCUCUUUUUUACCAAAGAUUGAGGGACCUUAGCAAGCAGGCUAUAAAUUUCUAGACAUUUUAGCCAGUUUUGCAUGACUAAAGGAUUUAGAAUACUAGCUGUCAAAUCGUCUUGCUAUGAAUGCACAUUUAUUAACACAUACUUACACAGACUCCCAGCUUCUUGGAGAACAGCAACACCCAGUGCACCUAUAAAAAUAAUAACACCCUCACGUCGCCAUGCUCACAUUCACUUUUAAAAUGCUGUGUUAUAGUAUACUUUACAUGCAAUUUGGCAACACAUUAGGGUGCUAAAUUCAAAGCAUAUAGUAUUAUGUAUCAUUCGUUGAGCCUGUAUAAUUGAACGUAUUGUCUUCUGGACAAUCUUUUUAUCUUGGUUGUUGUUACUCAUGGAACAACAGGCAGUAGGCAGUUGUUAUACCCCUUCUCACAGGCUCUAGAUCUCCAGACAAUAGCCAUACAAAAGUACAAGCCUAACAGGGGUAAAAUAGUUUGGUUUCUUGAGUUCUUGGUGCCAUUUUUAAGCAAGGAAAAAAAUCUAAAAGUGUAUGUUUUUGACUUUUACUUACAUGAAGAGAGACAAUAGCUAUUUAUUGAGUUGAUAAAUAUUUUUUGAUUUUUAAAAUAUACACAGCAAACUCGUGAUUACUGAUAUCUGUUGAUACUAAUUAACAAUUGUGGAGAACCCUAAAAAGUGGAGGGGGAAUUAGAUUGAAAAAUAUAAUAACAUAGAGCUAUGUGGUCUCUCUUGAUACCGAUUACAAAUACAUAUAUUCUAUUUUGUCAAUUUUCAGCACAGACUAAGCAAGAACAUUCAUCAUACAUCCAUCUAUUGAUCAUAAAAUACACCUAGUAUAAAGUAGUACUAUUUUAUUAUUUAUUUAGCUUCUAAUUUUUGCCUUUAUAGGUUAUUUAACCUAGUUCCUGCAUAGCAGUUGUGAAAAAAUUGUAACAAAAUUAACUCAUAAAAGUAAAAUAAAGAUUAGCACCAAUUAAUAAUCAAAAA